AUGGCUGCCACAUCCUUGAUUGCUUUUGAUCGUAUUCAGUUCAUUUUGUAUCUGAAGACUGACCCUAAGAAGCUUUAUAAACGUAUUAAGGAACGAUCCCGGUCUGAAGAGCAGGCAAUUCCUUUUCAGUAUCUGGAGGCCCUCCACAAUUUACAUGAGGGCUGGUUAACAGAGAAGAAAUAUCCUCUGCCAGCUCCUGUAUUAGUCCUGGAUGCCAAUGACAACUUAUCUACCAUGUACAAAAAAUUUGAAGAACACACAUCGGAUAUCCUGUGCCAGAAAUUAGUUGAACAAAGAUCAAGUGACCUGGGAACCACAGGUAUUCUUCCUCCACCAUCUCCACUCAAAGCAGUCAACUGAGUCCUGAAAGCUUCUAAAACAGUUUUUCUUGAGUUAAGUUUGUCAUAAAGUAGAGAGGGACAUUUACCUUUUCUGUCUUUCAUUAAUGCAAGUGAGUGGGAGUGAGAGCACUUACCAGUUUAGCAACACUGCAACUAACAAAAAAUAAUACCACAUCUAGUGUUUAAUGAUGAAAAUUACAUUUUUUAAUUUUCUUUUUCACUUAUCUCGUUCUGUUUUUCUUUGUCUUUUUUUUAUAUAUAUAAAGUGGUACUGGAAACAGGUUUUUUUUUUUUUUUUUUUUUUCAGCCUCACAAUUGUUGGGUUGACAGUGGCAUAAGCUGACAAGUGGUAUUUUCAGUGAUACUUUUUAGCAGUGAAAACCUGUACAUAUGACAUUUCAGUCAUAGUGGGACUUAUCAAGUGCACAAAAAUAAGCAGAUUUUUUAGUUAUUUGUCUUUAGUGAUAAAUCUCCACUAUGAGUGCAGUGUUGUAUAAUAAAGGUUUUCCUGCUAAAAUUCUCUAAAAAUAGCUUCAUGAUUGUUGUUGAAUAAGUCACAAAUACCACAGCUGGAACAGUUCACUGAGUCAUUAUCUUGGUUGUGACUUGAUAAUUCCUGAGGAUAAAUUGAAACAUUGUCUAAAUUUUCCUCUCCAUGUUGGUUAGCUGCAACUUCAUGAUUGUAGAGUGAGGUAGUAAACAUUAUAGUCCUCUGGAAUUGUGGUUUAACUAGUAUUAAAAUGAAAGUCGACAAAAUUGAAGGAGAGAAUACUAUGCUGGAAAUAUUUAUAUCAUGUGGAAUCUUUAUUUGUUGAGACCAAUUAAACCAGUGCCAUAGGUUUUUUGUACUAUUUUUUAUUUUAUAUAUAAAGACUUUGCUUCUUACAAGCUUAAAGUACAGAGUAUUAAGCACUUAAAUGCAAAGCAUUUAAACUUCUUUUUUACCAAAGCCAAAUGAUAAAAUAAUUUUAUACAUAAUAAAAUAAUACUCAUA